GUUUUCCUUGUAGGGUCCACGCGCUUAUGUGUUAACAGGGGAAAAACGCAUUUUCUUUUCCUCCAGAACCCUAAAUUAGGUUCACGGAGCCGUGUUUGCGGUUUGCCUCGUAUGCGGUCGCGAAUUGGUGAAGUUGCAGUGCGGCAACGCGUUUUUUUGUCGAGUGGAGAAGCCGACGACGGAGCGGGUGGCGGAGUAACCGAACUGGCCGGGAGCUCAGGCUGUGUCCGGAGUGCGCGGAUGGAUUCUCCCACUUCGCCGUAAUAAGCAGGAAAAGGAUAAGUAAUAUUUGGCGUUUUUCUUCUGGACGGUACUGAAGUAACUGAGCGUUGUAAGCGGUAAUUUCUAGCGCUCAAUUGGGAACCCGCGGAACGCUGACGCCCGCCAUAUUCGUCUGGGACGGACUUUUCCUUGCCCUGCCAUACAGCCAGUAUUACAAUUGAGGAGGGAUGUCAUCCCCCCUCUAAAACGAUCAUCCCCCGUUCCAUCCCUUGUGCUAUUUUAUCAAUGAAUGCAUAGGUUUAUUGAGUAAAUUACCGUUUAGCGAGAGGGCAACUUUUAAAAAAUAUUUACCUCAGUAAGCGGCAUAGCAGGUGACGGUGUUGAUGUGAUUUUAACAUCAUGGCCAAACGGCAUGGACAGCUCGAUCUGAGGGAUAUCGGAUUUAAAAAGAAAAAAAACUAAGUAUUUCAGGUAAGUCAAGAAUCAGAAAUAUCAGGUCACACUUUUUAUAAGCCUACUGUUGGCUGCUAACAUACCAACUAGGCGAAGUGCGGGAGGUACCACGCGGACGCGCAAGAUUUCCAAUUAUCUCAGUUUCUUUUAUUUGCAGAUACAAAAUGUCCUUUAGAUCCAUUUACGAUCAACUACAUCAUAUGACUCAAACCGUGCAGUGUCAGGUAUCAGAGACAUAAAAACAUUGCAGAAACUCCGGUACAAAAUGCGGUCAACAAAAAUGUGCUCCCCCUACUUGCCUCUUUCUCCCUGUACAGGUGAUUUCCUUUACAAAUUAAUACCGACACCCAUACUCACGUGACUUUAACACCACAAGUAAAAGCCAAAAUAAAAGCCCAAGUGCAACAUACAUAUGGCCGUUACACCUAACAUUAUGUUACCAAAGGUGUAAUCUAUGGACAUAGCAAUAACAACACAGUUAAUGAUGUUUACAGCUAAUGACAGGAGUUUCUGACACGUAACAUCCACACCAUGCAUGUUGUUUUAGGAUAUUAGAAUAUAUUAAUUAUGUUUUUGCUUAAACAACAAUAAAAAGGGUACACAGUUGGUCUCCCACCAUGUGCACUGUCAUCAGCACAGAAUAUGUCUGAUAAAAUUCACCAUCCCCCUGAUUUGUUUUUACAACUCGAUUACUGCAUACAGCCAUCCUCCAGAUCCGCAGCUCAUUGGUAAUUCUAUUCUAUUCUAAACAGUCCAGCUAUUGUUGUAUGUCGCUAUAAAAUGUGAAGGCUGAUUCUAUGAAUAUGUUCGAAUAUAUUCCCCGAGUAAUCUACCUGAAGGGAAUCGCUACUGAUUUUUUUUUUUUUGUUGUUCUUGAUUAACUAUAGUGAAGUUUAUUUACUUUGGUUUGAAACCAAAAAGAACAGACUUCUGUUGGUUUAUGUGCUUUUAUUUUUUCAGUAUAUACCUGUAUCAGUAAGGUUAAAGUUUAAGUGUAUGUCUUAUUUCACUGAGGAAUUGUUGACUUUUACCCUUGAACCUGUUGGAAAGAAAAAGGGUUACAUAAAAGGAAAAAGAAUAUGCUUUUACCGUUUACACUCUUGUAUUUUCUAGUGUUAUUAUUAGUUACCUAGGAAUUGGAGCGCCUCAUCCAUCCUGCUGGAUCUGGUAAAGGUGGGUCCAUUGUUAUGUCUGAUAAACGUUCUAGCAUACAUCACACACGUACGUGGGCCUCCUUGUCUCCUACAUCCACUGAAGCCUACCUUUCCACAUAUUUAGCAAACACACCCACCUUUUGGAGCUUUGCAGCAAGACAGGCACAAACAUACUCUCACCUGAGAGUACUGAGGAUAAAAGCAGAGUGUGGCGACUCGCAUCCUGAUAUCUACCCUGUGCUGUCCUCACGACACGUGACUAUGUGCAACUAGACAGCCAGCGAACAAAAAUAAAAAGGUCUCCCCUCAAGGCUUGCUUUCUUGAUUUCAGAGAAGAUAUUUAUAAAUGCCUUUUUAUUAUUUUAUUUUUGUUCGCUGGCUGUCUAGUUGCACAUAGUCACGUGUCGUGAGGACAGCACAGUAAAAAGACAAAAGUUUCCCAAGGCAUCAGCACGCAAAGUCCACCUAACACAAACAUGAGCUGAUCCCUCACCCACCUCUGCUGAAAACCCGAUCAGAAGCUCCCCGAGAAAACACCAAAGAAAAUCAUAGCGAGAGUGCUUACUCAGUCUCGCAACACACAGGCUUUCCAAAAUAGCGCCCUUCUUUACAUGUGGCCGGUCGGUGCAACUGCACCUCACUAACUAACUUCAAUAUAAUUGACAGAAAGGCAUCACAUACCCAGUCUUCCUUGGUAAUCCCUACACAUAUACAAGGCAGUGCAGUACACACCACCGCCACACACUGUUAAAACUAUGUGAAUGUGGCCUCUCUCUAAAUAUAAUAUUGUACUGAACUCGCCCUUCAUAAAGUAUUGAUUUUUGAAAUUAAGAUUAAAACUGGUUUACUUGAUGACAAGAAUUGCCAUAAUCGAUCAGUUAGUCGUGGUGGCUACUACACAGCGUGGAUGCGCUGGAUGAAGUGAUGAUUCGUGACUUGGCUGGCCUGUGAAUGCCUUGGUAUUCCCUCAGUGGAGCUGGCUGAUGAGAGGGAGAUCUAGGCAUCCCUGCUUAGACUGCUGCCCUGGGACCUGACCCCAGGAGGCCGACUGGGCCUCCAUGGCCCUUCUAGGUGUCAGUGUGGGGAAGACACAUCAUGCAGAGAGACAGCGAGUGAAGUCACUUGUCUUAACUGCAACAAUGGAACUGGGACACAAAACAGCCAUUGGACUCAUGAGUCAUGACAGUGCUGGCGUGUGUGGAAGCUGCUGUGGGCUGGUGCACAGCGAAUUCCGGGCCACCAACGGGGACUCCCUGGCACUCAACUGCACCUUCCAGGUGCCAGACGAGUCUAGGGUUCGAGUGACCUGGUCUCAUCGUAAUGGAUCCCAGGCAGGCCGUGUGCUAGUGUCCUCCAGUAUUCGAGACAAUAGAAGAAACGUAUCAGAGGAUCGGAACCCCAAAGAGCUGGUGUAUCGGGAGGUGGGACACAGUUGGUCCAGACUGACUCUAAGGAAUACUAGCUUCAACAAUCAAGGAAUGUACUUCUGUGAGGUGACAGUGGAGAUUCCACACCUAGAGAAAUGCUCCGGCAAUGGAACGAAAGUUAUAAUUGAAACUUUGCCUCCAGCUGCAGAGGGUAAAGUAGAAGCUCCCUGUGGGCUCUGUGUGUGUCUGUAUGUGCAAAUGAUUCGGGAGGAGAAGACAGGGCUGCAGUGAGGUCACAGAGGAGCAUGUUCUGUAUGCAUGCUCUGUAACAGGAAAGAAUCUGAAACAUUGAACACUGAAAAAAAUGAGAAAAAUCCAACCUUUCAUUGGAAUAAAUUUAUUUGACGAAAGAACAAA